AUGGUUGAAUAUGCCUCAGGCAGGAAACAUAAGAAUAUUAAAAAUAUUUAUGGAAUCUGCCUUAAAUCUCGGGAAACUGUUCGUGAAGUCUCACAUUGCCCUACAACUCCAGAGGAAUGGAGAAAGAGGGAAGAGUUCAUGAGAUGUGGAUCCGUUCUUCAAUCAUGUACCAGACCGGAACGUUUUGUUUAUCAUUGUCUGCCAAACUCAUUUUGGAACAAGACCAUAGAAGUCUGCGCACCUAAAAAAUCAAUUGUUCUGCACAAAUGUGCAGAGUAUAACGAAGAAGGCACCAGGAUUCAAACCAACUUCGAGCACUCAUGUUUAGACGCUGAUAUCACUUGCCCAGUUCAUUACUCCUCAGACGAAGCUUACAAAUAUCAGACAUGUUACAAACUAGAGAGUAAUCUUCAUACGACAAAGGCACAAACAAAUAAAAAGGAAACAUCACACAGUUGUGAUGUACAAUGUGCUUCCUCAGCGAAAAAAUUGAAGUCCAACAUUACAGAAAUAGUCUUACUGUUGCUUAUUAUUAGCCUGAUGAAUUGCUAUAUUUUCUUCAUUUGACGUAUUCCAAUAUCAACAGAGAAAAAAAAGUGAUGGUCUCUCCACAUCAAAACAAAGCCUCCAAUCGACCAUCUCAACUACGAAAAUUUGCUGGGGAUUUCCAAACAGUUAACAAAUUCCACCAUCUUGUGGAUUUAUAAAAUGAAGUUCCAGCUACUGAGAGAAAGUCCCAUAUCGUGCAAAGAAAUUAAUUAAGAAGGCUAGUGUUCCGUUCUUUGUGCCGUUCCUCAGAGAAAUGAAAACAGAAGAUUUUUGGAUGAAAGGAGCAACCGUGUAAUGCAAUGCAAAGAAAGCUGUAAUUU